UCAGUUCAGUUUCCGAAGCAAUAUUUAUAGUUCUUGUUUAAUUGAUUCUUUUUCGUAUCUUAUUUAAGUUUUUGUUUUUGUUACAAAUAAUAUCAUUGCCUUGCGUAUUGUAAGUAGCCUAAUGCACAGUUAGUCUUAGUAAAAUAUGUAUUAUUUUUGUAACAUCCAUACCAUUUUAAGAGCAGCUUUGCUGUACAGCGCCACCACAGGGCUGGCGUGAAAUUACGUGGUUGCGUGGCACGUUGGCGCUAUAACUACGUUCAGGAUCGCGCCAAUUAAACCGCGAAGCUCUUCUACCUGUUGAUCAGAGGGCCCGUGAAGCUGUGCGGAUUCAUUUCUACGACGGAUUAUGGCUAACAUGUGGCAUCCGUAUUAUAACAUCCCUUUUCUGACCACAUUGCCCCUUCAUUUGGAGAACGGCGCCGAGAUGUCCAGACACGCUGCUGGAGCUCUGCAGUGGCCCCCGUCCGUCCACGUGAAUCAGACAGUGGCAGCGUGGAGAGGCUUUCCUGCUUUUCCCAAAGCAACCCAAUCUACUAAUGAAGCCAAGGUGUUUCUCAUCCACAGGUCUCUCUAUGACUUGAUAAAAGGUCCAAUAAUGCUGGAAAUGAUUGACCAGAAAUUGCUGAACUGGUACUUGUCUCUUCCAGUUGAAGACCGACACCUCAUAAAGGAAGAAGGAGGUCUACGUGUUUUUCUUCAGAAACACCCAGCGCUUGGUGUAACGGGAGAUGUAGUCUAUAUAAAAGAGGAAAUCAGAGGAGUGCACAGAGCAGAAGAAACUCCAGCCUUGCCUGAAUCUUCUCACUGCAGAUCUUCUCAGUGCUGCUGGUGCUAUACACCAAGUGCUUCCUCUGCUGCCAGGAUGUGCAGUCAGUCCUGCAAAGCCAGGGCGGGUCCGCAGGAGGCUUUUCUGUCAGUGGAAGAAAAGAAGCUGGUCCUACUUCCAAACGCCUUUGAAAAGGAGCUAAAUCUCUGCGGCUCGGAUGAGAGCGUGAUGAAUGGAGCAGGAAAGGCCACCAGUCAGCAAUGUGACUACAGUUCUACUAAGUGGAUGGAUGUUGAGCAUCGAGGAACUGUCCAAAGUGGAAAUGACCCAAAAAAGCAGUAUCCCGGUGUUAUUAAAGAGCAGUCUUUUGCUCAUGGUGCUGCGGAGGUGUUCCAGUGGAUCCCGGAGCAGAAAGGUCAUCCUGAGAACAUGGAAGACCUGAUGCAUCUGCAAGAUCCUGAUUUUGGUGCGGUGGAAGAGGCUGGAUUCGGUCAAAAAUUUACAGAAGGAGCCAGUCAGUCUGCAUGUGAAGGUUGUUUUCCCUGGACUGUCCAGGACAAGGCAAGAAGCAGCGGGCCUGUAACAUCCCAGCGAUUCCAGGCUGUGGAUGGCAAGGUGGCAAUGAACCAGUCUGAAGGAAUUAAUGGUGACCUCAGGGGCAAUGUCAUGUCAUCAAGUGACAGGCAGAGUACGAGAGUGAAGAAAAUCUGCAGCCUGGAACGCCAGAUUGUACUGUGCGAUGCCGUUGUCAGCACAGACCUCUCCACAAUGGACCAGGAUGUCCAGACGCUGGCAGUGUCUACAGCUGAGAAAUCCACCAUCACAGAUGUCUAUAUGGCUGACCUGGACUAUUUCAAACAGGAAUUCAUCAGAUUAAAGCUUGUUGAAGCAGAAGUGGGGACACUGAAAGAUAAAUUGAAAAGCUUCGAAGGGAAGGAGCGUAGUAGCCACCAGAGGGCAGUGCAGGCCGAACUGAGCCUCUUGGCCCUGCAGCAUGCGAUGUGUCAGCAGUACUGCUGGGGGCGCUAUUGCACUUCACUGGAAGGCAGCCGCUUUCUUCUGGGAAAAAAUGUUAUGCCGGAGAGCAUGAUUGAAGUUCUUCAGAUCCUAGCGGACAACUACCAAGAAAUGAGGAAGAACAUCCUAUCUGGAGUGCCCCUGGACCAACUCCGCCCUUUGUCCGUGGACUGUCAGAAGAUCGCCUCUGAGGGGUGCUAUAUCCCCACGGAGGGAAUCAAGUCUGUUCCUGAAAACGAAUCAUGCUUCUGUGAAGAGUCCAUGUUGACUGAAAGCUCUGGGGGUCUUGAGUGCAGGAUCAACACCUCCCUGAAGGAAGGACUAAAUGAAAAAACGGAGGCAUUCACCCAUCAAGAUAGUAACCUAUUUGGGAAGAAUCUUGCUUUGCCGAUUAGGACUACAGGUGCACCAGAACCAGAAUCUAGCACAAAUCAAUCCAGACAGGAGGGAGAGAAGAGCCACAGCUCAGCAGCUGCAAAGGAUAGUGAGAUCCAGGGGGAAGGAUUUUUUCAUGAGGAGAAAAUGGAUCAGUACUUCCUGGGUGUCAAAGACCUCCCUAAUGACUCAACUGAGAAUAAUGUUGACCAGUUUGGAAAAUAUCAGCCAUCCGGUGUUAAAACAGCAAUUUUCUUCAAGAAUGUCAGGACGGCCACUGUAUCAGUCCUGGCUCCCAGUGCUCCUGAAAGAGCAGUUGAAGACCUGAACAGUCAUGUGGUUAAGGGACAACCCAUCGAGGGCAAGAAGAUCCCCGAUGGUACAGGGAUAGGCCUGCAGAAACAAGCAUGCAGUUCAAAGUCCUGCAGAUCUGUAUGCGACACACCUGCUGUUAUGGCUAAGGGUCUUCCACAGCCCCUGGAGAAGCUUGUGAAUGUCCUGGAAUCACCCACAUCAUCCGGCGUCUUUGUGCCCAGACGCACCAUCGCGGACGGCUUCGGCGCCCUCAUGGCGCAGCUGUCACUGCAACACCCGGGAGUGGCCCAGAGGAGCAUCAUGGAUGCUCUCCUGAAGCUGCUGGCAGGACGCAGCGGCUUCCUCGGCGACCUGCCACAGGAGACCAUCGUGGAGAUGACAUCCAGCCUGCUGAAAGCUGCACCCUCAGAAGAGGUCAGUUUGCAAGUGUGAUUGCAUCUGUAAAGGUAGAGAAGUCAAAUGUAUAUCUGGCAGUAACUAAUAAUUUUAGUUCCUCCUGACCUGACUUGCACAGAGGCUCAGUCAAACAUUAUUGAUAAUCUGAUAUGUUGCCUGUAUACCAUCAUAAGCGGGAAGUGCACUGAUUCAUACCAUAGGGCAUCAGCACAGGAGUCAUUUCUGUUUUCAACUUGCUUAAUCUUUUUUUUGUGUAGAAAUGAUCCUAAAUGGAAUGAACCAGCUGGAAUGCUGUAAAUGUUGCGUUUAAAGAAAAUGGUCAUUUACUUUGAACAGUCUUUUAACCGAUAAUGCAUAUUUCUCUUAUUUUCUUUGUUUUAGUAAGUGGAAUUUUUUUUCCUCCCUGGAAUUUGGGGUGCUCAGUGUUCACAUCAUGGUUCUUUAUUUGACAUUGUUCUUAAAAUCCCCAAAACUUGUUACAUUUGGCAUUACUUAAAUAAACCACUAAGAAACGUU